AUGUCAAAUGAACCUCAUUGCUGUGAAUCCAAGAAUUGUAUGGGAUCAAGGUAUAACGGAUGGUCAUUGAAUUGCAUAUUUUGCCACAAAAAAAUAUAUGUUGAAUGCCUGCGCAAUCGAGAUGCACAACGAACAAAGGGAAUGUUGAUUAAAUUCGGAUUGAUGGAAAAAAUCACAGAGGAAAAUGGUACAAUCAGCUGGAAUAUUCAGAAUGACACGAACAAACUAUCCGAAUUCUAUUCAACAUUCAACGUCGAUUCACCGUUUGGAUUGACAUGUGAGUUCUGCAAAUUAAAAUUCUCACAGCAACUACCAACAGAGAAUGAGAACAGAAAUUCACACCAAUCGGCCGAAACGAGCAAAAACCAACAAAAGAAUAUUGAAACACCACAAAUAUCACCUGUGAACGGUGUAUAUGCCAUUCACGUAUCACGAAUGCCAAAAGAAACCACAACCGAUGAUGUUGCUGCUCUUAUCAUAGGUAAUUUGGAUGCCAAUAAUGAUUCUUUUCUUGUUGAAAAAUUACCCAACAAACGAUACAAAGGAAAUGCAAGAAGUUUUUCAUCAUUUAAAAUUUCAACCUUGUUUCGUACGAUUUGUGAAAAAAUUAUCACAAUGGACGGAUGGAAUUCAAACUGCAUUUUAAAACAAUUCAAUCAUCCAUCGAAAAUGCAAAAACCAGUCUUACCAGUUGAAACCGAUGCCAUGAAAAAGAAGAGACAAAAUCCGAAGCCACAACAAAAUGUGCAGCAACAAGUCAAUUCUAAUCGGAAUCAUCGCAACAACAACAACUAUAACAACAGAAAUAUCUAUGAGACACAUCAAAACAAUCACAUCGAUCGAAGGAGACUUGUCAAUGGGAAUGGGCGUCGUCGUCAUGAAUAUCGUCCACAAUACCGAGAGAGGCAGAUACCGGUCAAUAAUUUCAGACACCAUCAACAACAGCCGUUGCAGCAAUUACCGAUUAAUCCGCAGUUUUUGCCAAACAGCAAUUAUUCUUUUUGGAAUGGAACACCGUAUCACAUUAUGCCACCUCAAAUGUACACUCACAACACAAUGCCAAUACAAAUGAUCCAACCAUUACACACACAUCCAAUGUACCAGCCCUUUUAA